CGUGAUUCCAUUCUCUUAAUUUCAUAUGUUGGGAAACCCUUGCGAAGAUUAUACCCAUUCAUGCUGUCGGACUUUGAUUGUACUUCGCUCAAAAGCCCAAACUCCGAUCGCAAUAAACCACAAAACUAGCAUACGGUAGACGUCUUCUCAUCUAACAUUUUCCCAAGAACAUUCUCAUUGUGAUCACAUUACCUUCGAAGCCUCGAUUCUCACCUUGGUUGUAGGCACAGAAUGCUCAUCACCGGCCUCUUGCAGAACUGCCAGGAGCGCCUGGAGGCGCUCCCUCCUCUUCCUUACAUCCUUUGCACGCUUUCCCUUGCCUACCUAGCUUUCCACCUGUUGUCGAAUCUCUUCCAACCCGUUCUUGUGGACAUACCCAGUCCCUUUGCUGCUAAAUUCACUGACCUGUGGCGUCUGUACAAGGUCUGGCAAUGGCGCUUCAAAGAAGAUCUCCCAGGGCUACAUGCGGCCCACAACUCGGCCCUCAUACGAAUUGGCCCACGCAUGGUCAGUUGCUCCGACCCUGGAGCUGUAGAUCUAAUCUACGGUUUUCAUACGGAAUUUAAAAAGUCGGACAUGGUCAAAGCCAUGGCGCCUGUCUACAAAGGCAAGAAGCAGCCCACGAUGUUCGCCGCCGCCGACAACAAGACUCAUGCGCGCAUUCGUAAGCCAGUUGCUGGCGCAUAUGCCAUGACCAGCAUCUUGCAGGUAAUAGACGAGUUGUUUAUUAGGCCUAAGAUUUCUUGUGAUAUCCACAACUGGGUGCAAUACUUCGCCUUCGAUGUCGUCUUGGAGAUGACCAUGAGCCAAAACUUGGGGUUCAUGAAGGCCGGUGGUGAUGUGGAUGGCGUGUUGAAACAAUUGCAAAAGGAUCUGGACUAUCGCGGAAUCGCUUUGGCAAUGCCGAUAAUCGAUCGUAUAUGGCGGCUGAACCCCGUCAGUAGAUUUUUCAAGCCUAAACAGUCGGGUCACUUUGCUAUGCGCUGUAAGCGUAUCCUCGAAGAUCGCAUCGAAUAUGAAAAGUCCCUGGAAUUCGAGACACGGCAACAGCACGAUCAAAAGCCGCACGAUUUCGCUCACCGGUUUCUGGAGGCACAACGUAAAGAUCCGACCAUCUCCGACGGUCAGUUGAUUGGCUACAUGCAGGCCAAUCUCAUCGCCGGCAGUGAUACCACCGCGGUUGUAAUGCGUACGGCUAUCUACUACGCACUCAGACAGCCCUGGAUCCUUGAGCAUAUUGCAGCUGAGUUGAACGGCUACCAUGGCCCACUGCCAGUGCCAUUUUCUAUUGCCCGUUUCCAGCUCCCCUUCUGUGGUGCCUUGGUGCGCGAGGCUUUGCGCAAACACUUUGCCUUCAUCGGUAUGAUGGAGCGGGAGACACCCCCCGGUGGCGUCACCCUUCCAGAUGGCCGGCGACUACCCGGCGGGGUUGUUAUCGGCAUGCACGGUGACAUGAUUGGGCGUGAUCGAGCCAUAUUCGGUGAUGAUGCGGACGAAUUCAACCCUCUACGCUGGCUGAUGCGGCCGGGCGAGACUGACACCGAAUACAAGGAACGAAUGCGUGCCAUGAACGCACACGACCUGGCGUUCGGGCAUGGACCACGCGGGUGUAUCGGGAAGCACGUGGCAGAGAUGGAAAUUUAUAAGUUCAUUCCGACAUUUUUUGCCUUGAUGCAGCCUCGAUUCACGCGACCCGAGCAGCCUUGGACUGUUCGUCAGCUGUUCAUCUUCAAGCAGUCCGGAAUGGAUCUGAUACUGGAAUGGCGGCCGGGUAAGGGGCUACACAGUUUAGUUUAGCGUGACAUCGAAUUUUCAACAACACUUUUGUAGGGAUUACUUCAUACUAAAACUACUUGAUCGGAAUGCUAUAUAUAGUAGCACAAUAGUAUCAUUGUAGAGUAACAGCCAGC